CGAAUCCAACGGCGCCUGAUGCUCACGCCAUCUCCCCCUCCAUCCUCUCGCUAGAGUUACGGCAAGGCAACCGACGCGGCGGCGCUCCGCCUCCCUCCCGUUCCGCGCGCCGCCACCCCCCCAUGGCGUCGCUGCUCCGCCUCCAGGCCUUCGCUCCAGCCCUAAACGUUCCCCGCAACCGUUGCUUCCUCUCCCCGCUCGGCCUAGCCUCCGCGGCCACUGCUCCGCUGGCUCGCCGCCUCUCCACCGCCGCCUCCACCAGCUCGCCGGAGCCGCCAUCCUCGGAACCGAAUCUGGAGUCAGGUCUGUAUCUUGUCGCAACGCCAAUUGGGAACCUGGAAGAUAUCACCUUGCGGGCACUGCGUGUCCUUAAAUGUGCUAAUGUGAUAUUAUCUGAAGACACAAGGCAUUCUGGAAAGCUGCUCCAGCACUAUAACAUCAAAACACCUCUUCUUAGCUUCCAUAAGUUCAAUGAGCGUGAGAGAGAGCCCAGUAUCUUAAGGAGGCUUCACGAAGGUGAAGCAGUUGCAUUGAUAAGUGAUGCCGGAACUCCAGGCAUUAGUGACCCUGGCAUGGAAUUGGCUAGACUAUGUGCAGCUGAGAAAAUUUCUGUCGUUCCCAUUCCUGGGCCUUCGGCUGCAAUUACUGCUCUUUCUGCAUCGGGUUUGCCAUCUAAUGAAUUCACAUUUGUUGGGUUUUUACCAAAGCAUGCUCGGUCAAGAAGAGAUAGGCUUGAGAUAUCUGCCCGUGAAGCUGCUACACAAAUAUUCUAUGUUCCUCCCCAUGGUAUUCAUCAAUUUCUUGUUGAUGCUGCUUCAUCUUUUGGCGAUUCAAGGUCAUGUGUUAUUGCAAGGGAGAUAACAAAAUUACAUGAAGAGUUCUGGCGUGGAACUCUAGGUGAAGCAAAUGAAGCCUUUGCAACUCGACAGCCUAAGGGAGAAAUCACAGUGCUCAUAGAGGGGCAGUUAAUUUCAGUUGAUGAAACUCCAUCAGAGGAUUUCCUUGAGCAUGAACUAAGAGAAUUGAUGGCAAAGGGACAUACCCUUUCAGCGGCGGUGAAAUUGGUCACUGAAGCUACAUCAGCAAAGAAGAAAGAUGUUUAUGCUCUUGCAUUGAGGUUGUUUGGAAAAUGAGUAAAAUGCAACUUUUGAUCGCAUCUGAAUGAGGUGGACAGCUUCCUUCUAUCAAAGCCAAAGGUGGAGCCCAUGUAACUCCAUCCUUCCAGAAGCCAUCUUUCAUCCUCAACGCUGUAAAAGAGUGAGAGUGACCAUGAACUGUCAGACAAUGUGCAAGUGCAAGGAACGUACUUAGUCUGGCUUGCAUGUCAUGUCUUGUGCAAACCAGCCGCAGGUUCACCACUGCUGGAACGCCCCACCACCACUGUUGUCAGGCAACAGAGGCCUUGAUUCAGUUCGUCAGUUUCGUCAGACAAGUGAACAAGUCGAGCUGCAAGGUAGUCGGCGCUAUUCAAGACGUUUCGGCGACUUCACCCGGAUCGUUUGAUGCUCAUCCGACGGCUUAUGCGAAGGAUGUAGGAAUUAGCAGUUCAUUCUGUUUAAACUCUGUUUAAUUCAGUUAAUCUAUGUUUAAGUUAAUGACCACGCCACCUGCUAUUUAGGCUGGUCGGGACUCUGUAAUAAGCAAGCGGAAGUAAACCCUAAGAUAUUUGAUAGGCUAGCAGUAGCUUUAGACUAGCCAAUCUGGCUGUUAUCUUGUAUCCAGACCAUAUAUCCCCAUAUCAUGCUGCUGUUGGUCAUCGGGAACCUCUGAUCU